UCUGGAGUGUUAAAGCGGAUGUAACUGCUUCCUUUUUUAGUGUGUCAAUAUUGGGCAAGCAUUAUAAAAAGCACUCAAGUUGUGUUGGACCCAUCUGAGCACGAAUAACUUCAUACAGAAUAACAAAGGAAGAUUGCAUUAAAAGCCAACCAUGGCAUGGACAGUACAUCUAAGAAAUUUGGUCCUGGCGGUGAAUGGUAUCACACUGAUCAUCGGCCUUCCUGCCAACCUGGUGGCUCUCUACACCUUCAUUCAAAAAGUGAGGCAUCGACCUACGCCCAUUGACGUGCUCUUGCUCAGCCUUACAAUAUCGGACCUGAUCUUUCUCAUCAUCCUUCCAUUCCGCAUGGUAGAAGCUGACAACAUGAAAUGGACUCUGCCGGAGUUCCUCUGUCCUUUUACGGGAUUCUUCUUUUACACAACCAUUUAUAACAGCACCUUUCUCUUAACGGCUAUCAGUGUGGAGCGCUAUCUGGGAGUGGCCUUUCCAAUCAAGUACAAAUUCAAGCGACAUCCUCGAUAUGCAUGGAUUGCCUGUGCCAUAUUCUGGGUGGUUUCCAUGGCUCAUUGCAGUAUUGUCUACAUUGAGUAUUAUAGUGAAGAAAAUGUCACAAACAAACAGGCCUGCUAUGCUGAGUUUAGCGAUGAACAAUUGAAAAUUCUUUUGCCUGUCCGUUUGGAAUUGUUUGCUGUGCUGUUCUGUACACCUUUCUUCAUCUGCUGCUUCUGCUACGUAAAAUUCAUCCACAUUCUCUCCCGCUUACCCAACCUUAAACCUAAGAAGCGUUCCAGGGCCAUCGGGCUUGCCCUAGCCACCCUCUUAGUCUUUAUCAUCUGCUUCAUGCCUUACAAUGUGUCCCAUGUUGUGGGUUUCAUUACAAAUAAGAGUCCUGAAUGGAGAGUGUAUGCCCUGCUCCCCAGCACCCUGAAUGCCUGUUUGGACCCUCUGAUUUUUUAUUUCUCAUCUUCAGCAGUUCGAGCAACUAUAAAAAAGUUGACACAUAGAUCCAAAAAGCUAAUAUGUCCUUCCUGUUGUGAGAAAUUGCUUAACUGUCCCCAGUUGAGCUGUAUUGCACGUGAAGAAAGCACACAGAGUUCUAAUGACUCUACUCUCUAGAGAUUACAAAUUUAAUUGCAGCUAAUUGCAGAAAAGUAGAUAAUUGUAUAUACACAUAUGCUAGCAAAUUUUAAGGGUUAAAUGAACCAAUAAUUUAAAUAAAGUAGCUUACUUAUGCUGAUAAACAGCUAAGAAUGUCCAACAGCCAAACAGCCAGGCUAUAAAUUAUAUAUAUAUAUCUUCAGCUUCAAUGGUUCUUCGAUGUCUAUGGCGAUGUCUUGAAGAUAUUCCCAAGCUGACAAUGUUUAUAACGAAACAGCAUGACAGUGGAUAGCUCUUUUAUGGAUAGCACUCUGGAUACUCAAUAAAUGUGAAUACUGUC